UUCUGCGGCCAAUAUUCCUAAAUAUCAUAUCAUAGGAAACAGCCACAAUGAAGCUUCUAUAUGUACACGGUAUUAUUUUAGCUGUCGUGGUCGGUGUGGCAGUAUGCGAAAUAUACAAGUUUGUGCCAUCAGCAAAUGAACCUCGACGUUCUAAAAAUACUAGAGAAUAUAAGAAAAAUACUAAAUCUUGUUUAAUAAGAAAUGUAGUUUGUCGUUCAAGAGAUGAGUUUCCGCAUAUUGACGGUUCCUGUAACAAUGUUGAAAACCCAACAUGGGGAGCUUCCAAUACAGUAAUGCCGAGAUUAUUGCCUCCAGAGUACGAUGACGGGGAAGAUUCACCAAGAACUCAGGGAGAGUUUAGAGAGUUACCAUCAACCAGGACAGUGUCUAAUAUGUUGAAAGAAUCCAGAAAACAUAUAUCUAGUGGCGUAUCGCAUUUACAUGUUCUGUUUGGCCAGUUGCUCGCCCAUGAUAUUGUCCAUACACCUGUUAUAAAGAACAAGGAUAAAUCAAGAUUAGAUUGCAACUGUGCAAAUCCACACAAAGAUUGCUUUAAUAUCAAGAUUCCACCCGGAGAUGAACAGCGUGAACUAGAAAACAAGAUGUGUAUGGGAGUUUCUCGAUCCAAAGGUGCAACUGGUUUAAACAGAUGUAAAUUUUCUCAUCGAGAGCAAAUUAGCACCAUGUCCAGUUGUAUCGAUCUUACAUUUAUAUAUGGAAAGUCAGAAGAAGAGACAAGAGAUCUUCGUGAUCCUAAAUCCAACGCAGGAGAAAUGCUAAUGGUAACAAAUCCUGUGGGAGGACCCCACCGAAACCUUCCCAACCAAGACGACCUAAAACGCACAUCCAUUUCAAAAUCUAUUGACUGCCGAGAGAAAGUUCACACCCCGGUAAACAUUCCUUGUUUUGUCGCAGGUGACGUUAGAGUCAAUGAAAAUCCCGGUUUGCAGUCGAUACAGACUCUUAUGACCCGUUAUCACAAUCAUAUUGGCAGAGAACUGAAAUCCAUCAACAGACAUUGGAAUACGGACAAAGUUUUCAAAGUUGCCCGUCACAUCUAUUCUGCCAUAUUUCAAUCAAUUACUUACCGGGAGUACAUUCCUCCACUACUGGGCCCAGUAUGGUCAAAAAGAUUUGAUUUAAUUCUACCAGAUGUUGGAUUUUGGGGCGGGUACGAUGCAAGAUAUAACCUGGGUAUUACUAAUGAAUUUACAACUGCUGCAUUUAGAUUUGGCCACAGUCAGGUAGCUGAAAAAUUGAGUCGUGUUAACAGUUUUUUCAAGGGAAACAUACCUGACUUAAAGUCGGAAGGCACAUUUUUCACAUCAGAUGCACUUUUGGACAGAUUUGGCGGUGGUUCAGGCGCAAUAUUACGUGGUUUCAUGAUUGACAACGCGGAAAAAACUGAUGGUACCCUCGUUGACGCACUACGCAACCAACUUUUUACUCAGUUUGGAAAAUCCUUUGGCGGAGAUCUUUUUGCAAUUAACACACAGAGAGGACGGGAUCACGGUUUACCUGGAUAUAACAAAUACAGAGAAUUGUGCGGCCUGUCUCGCGCAAAAUCGUUUUCUGAUCUUUCAACGGAAAUCCCCCUUCAGACAAUAAGAAUUAGAAAGAUAUAUGAUGUUGUUGACGACAUUGAUUUAUACCCCGGAGGGAUAGCAGAAAACCACGUAAGUGGUGGAGAAGUUGGUCCUACAUUUGCUUGUAUUUUAGCUUAUGGGUUCCGAGGAAUAAGAAAAGGAGAUCGUUUCUGGCACGAAAAUGAAGACUCUCCUUCAGCUUUUACUGGGCACCAAUUGGAAGCUAUUAGGAAAACAACAUUUUCUAGCAUUCUAUGCCAAUCAGGAGAAGAUAUGAAAUAUGUAAUGAACUCACCUUUAACAAUGAAAAGAGGAAAACCGAACCGCAUGGUGAGCUGUUCCAACGUCUAUUCUCUGGAUUUAUCUUUGUGGAGGGAUGACUAUUCGUAUUUCAAUAAAAAAUCUCCAUCUUUUUUCGAAUCUGUGUGGACUCCGUGGUUUGUUACCACUCACAGCAAUGAGUGGAGAAUAGACCUAAGAAACAUUAAAGCGACAUUGUUAAGGGAAAGGACGGACGAAAUGUGCUCAGAUUACUCGGAUUAUGAAACACGAACUCCUCGUGGUGGUAGGGGUGUGAUACAAAUACGAUUCUUAUGUCCAGUUGGAUCUUUAAAAAUGACAGAUUUUCCGUUCCAAGUUUCACAAGAUGUUUAUUGGUCGUCAUGGGUCACACCUGAGUUGAACUACCAAACACAAUCUGUACACGAACGUGCAUUUAAUUGUAAAAAGAUCGUUGCAAUUCAAGCGAUGUCUGGUAGUAAAUUUGCAUCAGAAACCGGUGACGUUUUUUAUAAAUUCAGUGCCAACGAUGGGUUCACCUGUCGGGAUGGAGAUCAGCUAAGAGGACGAUGUCAAAGAUAUAAAAUUCGGGCCCUCUGUUCUGGAAAACAGGAAAAAGAUUCAUACCAACCUUAUCCCACUCAGCCCUAUAAGCCCGUUACUAAAUCGACACCUCCAUACCCUCAUUAUUUCAAACCCCAAGAAGAAAUAUACGAUCCUCUAGAAGAAAUAUACAAUCCCCAAGAAGAAAUAUACAAUCCUCCAUUGUCUCACAUACCAGAUGAUGUCAGAGAAACGGCUGAGACUUAUUGUAAUUAUUACAACAUUUGUUGUCCUCAAGCUAUGAAUGUAUAUACAUUUAGAAAAGUUCCAUCAGCUGUGUCAUCGUAUUCCAACCAUUUGUGCGCAACCUAUAAUAUAUGCUGUGAUUCUUAAUUUCCUUAUGCAGAUUAAUUAUUCAAAAUAUUUAAUAUGCAUUUUCGAGUGAUUGUGAAUGCAAUUUGAAACUAUUGCCAUUUGGUAGCAAAUUCAAAGCAAAGUAAACACAAACUAUCUUAAACAGAUCAUUUUUUUUUUUCACCUCAGUCCGCCCAAACAAGUAUAAUUUUGAUUUUUUUUUUAAAUCUAUGACUUUUGUAACUUGAAAAAUGAACUAAAAAUAUGAAAUAAAUUGAUACAUUGUAAUUACACUCCCACGUUCUCAUAUUACAACAAAUAAGAUUGAUACGAUCACGGGUCUCUUCGACCGACAAAUGGAACUUGAAUUUUAUUAAGUUAAUUUUUAUUUCCGGUUCCUUUAUUCUAGAUCAUUUUUGAACUAAAUUUUUAUAAUUAUAUAUCAAUAUCUAUCUGAGUUAUUGUUUACGUUUUUUGGCAAAAAUUUCCGGUGUUUGUUUUAUAGAUGGCUUAUUUAUAAUAUGCUAUAUUACGCUUUUAUUUCAAAAAUUAUCAUUAAAUAAAUGAUAUUUCAUUUGCAUAU